CAUCACCACAUAGCACAACCCAACACAAGCCCAUCAUGGCCGACAAACUGCGCACUCAGCAGCAGCUCGAAUCGCUGCAGAACAAAUACAUCGGAACUGGACAUGCAGACACAACGAAACACGAGUGGACGUCCAACAUCGCGCGCGACAGCUACGCUUCCUACCAAGGACACCCUCCACUCUUGCACUACAUGGCGAUAGGAAUGGGCAUGCCGAUGGAGAAGGUCAGGAUGCAGUAUAUGGAGAAAAUGGUAUUACCCGUUGGGCCGGCGCCGGAGAGAGAUGGUGGCAGUUGAGGAAGCGGCACAAAAGACAACAGUCUGAAGAUUGCGACCAGCAACAAAGAAUGCUCCAGAAUGCGCGGGGCGUCGUACUACCAGCGGCAAUCAACAAGCAAUUGCGAAAGAGCCAGACGGCACAAGCGCCUCCCCUCAGUCGUCUACCACUCGUGCGGACUGCCGU